UCUCGAAGCUUCGGAGGGUGCGGGCAGCAUCCGGGCACCUGGGAUCGUCGAGCUGAGGCGCGCCUCGGGGCCGCGCUUGUUAGGGCCCGCGGCCAUGCUGAAGUGCGGGAUGAGUGGCAGUCAGGUGAAAGUAUUUGGGAAAGCAAUCCAAGCUCUAUCACGAAUCAGUGACGAGCUAUGGCUAGACCCAUCUGAAAAAGGUCUUGCUUUAAGAUCUGUGAAUUCUUGUCGGUCAGCAUAUGGAUGUGUUCUCUUCUCUCCUGUGUUUUUUCAACAUUAUCAAUGGUCAAACUCCGUGAAAAUGAAUGAUAACGAUUCGACAGUGUCAAACUUAAAUUGCAAAUUGGGAAUGAAGUCAGUUCUGCCCAUCUUUAGAUGCCUGAAUUCUCUUGAAAGAAACGUGGAGAAGUGCAAAAUAUUCACCACAUCUGAUAAGUGUAAAGUGGUUAUUCAAUUCUUCUGCCGACAUGGUAUUAGAAGAACUCAUAAUGUAUGUUUUCAAGAAAGUCAGCCCUUGCAAGUUAUUUUUGAAAAGAAUAUGUGUUCUAAUACACUAAUGAUUCAACCAAGAGUUCUUGCUGAGGCAAUUGUUCUUUUCACAUCAAGUCAAGAGGAGGUUACUCUUGCCGUUACCCCACUCAGUGUUUGCCUUAAGAGUUCCAGUGACGAACCAAUGGAUUUGACCAGUUCUGUGUACAGUGAGAUGUUUGUUGCCCCAGAUGAGUUUGACUUCUUUCAAAUUGGAGUUGAUAGUGAAAUAACAUUUUGCUUCAAAGAACUGAAGGGAAUGCUGACAUUUUCAGAAGCUACACAUGCUCCUAUAGCCAUUCAUUUUGAUUUUCCUGGGAAACCUAUGGCCUUAAGUAUUGAUGAUAUGUUGUUGGAAGCUAACUUUAUUUUGGCUACAUUAGCUGAUGAGCCAAGUAGAGCAUCUUCUCCACAGUCACUGUGUCUUUCGCAAAAACAAAAAAGGUCAGAUCGACUGGGUUCAAAUUCAGAGGCUGGUAAAAAUGUAACCAGUAAGGCCCCAGAAUGUAUCCAGAGAAAAGUAGCACCUAAAAGACUUUAUCCAAAGGAGACUCUCACAGAUGUCUCUGCGCUGGAAAACCGUGACAGCCCCAGAAUGAAAAGAGCCAAUGGAGACCUGAGUGAAGUGCCGGAAAGCAGUGUCAGCAACACGGAGGAGGUGCCAGGGUCUCUGAAUCAGAGGAAGGUAACAACCCAAAAACAUUUCUGACUGCUUCAACUCCCUGAAAUUCACUAAGAUUGCCCGUUUCCUCAGUAGGGAAAGUGAUGCGUAUAAAGAACUGUAAGCUCCAUGAGCACCAUUACAGGGCUCUUUGUCAAAUUUCCCAUCAUGUCACUUAAAUUCUAAAAAGGAAAUUCUAUUUUUAAAGGGAAUUAAUUUGCCUGAAUGUGACAAAUUCCUGCAAAACUCAAAUUCCAAUAUAGUUAAGUAUUUAUAUGCUUAUCAUCUUCCUCCCAAACUAUUGUGAGCCUUCAAAUUGGCUUCCAUGCCCCAUUCCCCUGCACUCAGGUUCUCCUCCAAGUGUUAGAGAAGAGUUUGUCCAAACCUUGCAGCUGAGGUAGAGUGCAGGGGUUCAGAGUGUUGGCUCCAGAUUUUGAGUUCGUAGGUUCACAUCCCAGUUUGCCACUUAUUAGCUGUGUGACUUGGACAAGUUACACCUCUUUACCUUGGUUUUAUUAUCAGUAAAAUGGAGAUGAUAAUACUACCACCUAUUAAAUAGAACUGUGGAAAUUAAUUGAACUAAUAUAUAGAGCUGGCACAUGGCUAGUGCUCAUUAAAUGUUAAGUUAUUGUUACACAUCACUCUCCUGUCUUCAAAACUCUUGGAUCAUUCCCUUUUUCCCAUAGGAUUACACCUAAACUCCUUGGAAUGGCAUUCAGGGACGUCCCUAAGAUAUUUAAUGUGCUCUUCACCGGGCCUCCUUUCCUCCCUCUUGCCCUGGUUCAAAACACCCUCUAUGCCGGGAGUGGCAGAUAGGUUUCCUCUCUCCUCUCACCACCACAGUCAGUCAUCCAGUCGGUGAGCUAAGUUGAGAAUGGCUAAAGCUGUAUCUAGUUGAUUAGCAGUGUCCGCCAUUUGCACUGAGGGGCUGCACCUGUGAGCCAGACUCAAGCUGUAGCCAUUAUGGUGCUAGUGACAUUCGUAUAAUAUGGCCCAUCCUAUUUGUUCGCUUGUAUUUAACUUUUCAUUUUAAAAUAAUUUCACUUUUAAAAAGUUGUAAAAUUAGUACAAAGAGUUCCUAUAUACCCUUCUCCUAGACUCUCCAAAUGCUAACAUUUACGUGUAAUAGUACAAUUAUCCUUUCAUCAGGGAAAAAUCAGAAAAUACAAAUAAGAGAUUUUCAGAGAUAAUCAUUACAAACACUUUAUUAUGACUCUACGCACUCAUACUUGCACACAUGCACAUCAGGCUUUUUUAAAUUUUGAAAUAAAUUCAGAAUCACUUCUAGAAUUUAGUAUAGAAUUCCCACAUACCAUUUACCCUAUUCCCUAAAUGUUAAGAGUCUCCUUUAGUCUGGAACGUUUUUCUAAAUCUUGGUCUGUCUAUCUUAACCUUGACACUUCAGCAGAAUGCCCCUGAAUUUGAAUUUUUCUGAUGAUUUCUUCAUGAUUAAAUUUCAGCUGUGUAUUUUCAGCAAGAAUGCAGCAGAAUGAUACUGUGUUGUUCUGCAUCAUAUCUGGAGGCACAUGAUGGAGACAUGUUUCCUUCUUGGUAAUCCUAAUUUUUAUCGUAGAGUUAAGGUGUUCUCUGCCAGAUCUCUCCACUUUAGUAAAGGUACUGUUUUCCGUUAGUAAUUCAAACUGUCAUGGUGGAAGAUACUUUGAAACUAUAUAAAUAUUCCGUUUCUCAUCAUACUUUUUGCCUACUAAUUUCAACAUCCAUUGAUGCUUUUUUGUCUAAAAUAGUUAUUACUGUGAUGCUUGACAAAUGGUAAUUUUUUGGGUAAUUUUUCUAUUAUCAGAUGAAACUGAACUUUAAUAACUCUCCUUCCCAUUUGUUAUUCGAUUAUUUAGAUCACAAAAUGCUCUUGGAUAUUAUUUUCUGGCUAAUGAUCCAUGACUGUCAUUUAUUUUGUUGCUUGACCUCUCCAUAUUUGGCCACUGGGAGCCUCUGUCUCUUCGGCAUGUCUCCAGCAUUUUUGAGCACUUCCUUACUUUCUGGAAAUUUAAAGUGUGCUAGGUUUAACUUGUAUUUCUCUGACUCCAGUCCAAAUGGAAUCAGCCAUUUCUCCCAGAGUCCUGGUUCCUUUGUUUGGGGAUGGUAGAUGGAAACAACUUCUGGGUAGUAGGUUUUGUGCUCUUUUGUACUUGGGCUUCUUUGCUUCUAGGCCCUCUCAGCAGACAGAACUAGGAAAUGUGUGUAUUUUUUGACACAUACACACAUAUCGAUCAACUUUUGUAUCUAUUUGUAUGUAUACAUAUACACCUGUGUACAUGAAAACCCAUGCAUUCAUGCUGAUAACCUCCAGUUCUAACCCAACACCGCAGGCUUAUACGGGCCUCCCCCUUUUCUUUAGAACUCCUUCGUCUGGCAAGGAGAAACUUGGCUGUUAUUAUCCACAACAUGUUUACCUACUGUUCAACCUGAGAACAUACUUUCAGAAUUGCUAACUCAUACUCCUGGAAAAAUGAAUCUGCUAACAGGGGUAUAAUAUUUGCGAACAUUUUUGUGUCUUCAAGUAUAUAUUCAAAAGACUUUUUUCAACAGUUUUUCAGCAUUACUUAGGGUAGUUUUCUUCCUUCACUCAUAUUUCAGUAUGGUUAUGUUAAUCAUCUGGCACACAGAUAGCUUUGUUUGCUUGUCUUCCAUUUUGGCUCUCCCCAAAUCCGUGCUGAUUUGGUCUCUGAGUGCUGAGCCAUGAGCCGCACUACAAGUCAGAACUAUGUCAGCGUCUCUGCAGAACGGCAUCACUCCCUUCUCUGCACUCUUUGUAGAGAAUUCAUUAGUUUUUCAUUGAUCAUUUGUGUUACUUUUUACACAAAUGAGCAGAUACGUAUAUUUUAUUUCUUCUUCUUUCUUAUACUAUAAAUGCUGUUUUCCAAUUUGCUUUUUGUACCUAAGUAGUAUGUACUACAAAUCACUCUGUAUCCCCCCUCCACCACCAGUUGUGUAGUAUUUCACCCAUGAUGUACCAUAGUUAAUUCAACCAUUCUCUUAUAUGUAGGCAUUUAGAUAGCCCCCUCCCCCCACUUAUAUUUUGCAGUUAAAAAGCUGCAGUGAGUAACUUUUACACAUGUAUUUUCAUAUUGUCAAAAGUGUAUCUUCAAGGCAAAUUCCUAAAAGUGCAUUGCUGUUUUUUUACUUUUUAAAUAGUUAUUUAUUUUAAGAGAGAUCGCACACAAGCUGGUGUGGGGCAGAG